CAGGCGGCUUUCAAGAUGGCGGACGCUGGUUUCUUUCGGGUGAGCAAAAACUAAGCUUGAUAUCUAAGCUUUCACUCGCUGUUUUUGAGGAUUUGGUUAGCUAAAAUACUAGAGGUUUCCCUUUUCUACAGGGUACGAGUGCAGAACAGGACAAUCGAUUUCUUGACAAGCAAAAGAAGCUGUUAAAAUCAAUGCGAUUUGACGACGUACUCAACAAAAAGGUAAGCCAGUGCUGUGUUGGCGUUUGAUUUUCUCUUUCAAACUACAUGGGUAACUGUAGCAUAUUUCACGAGUACUGCAUACUUAAGGUACUUCGAAGACUUACGAAAUUUUUCAGUCAAUAUGGACACAUGCAGUAUUAACAUGUAUGCAGCAAAAUUGUGUUAUCAUGUUCACGUGCAAACGCUAUUGUGUUUAUGAGCCUGGGGGAAGCUUAAAUUAGUUGACUAAGGAAAUUGAAAAUGUUAACAAUUUACGUAUUUUUCAUCGAAAAAACUUUUAAAUUUAAUACGAUACAUCAAUACUUUUUAUUUUUGGCUCGAAAAUUAUCAUUAAGGAGUGACCUUAAUGAGUAUACGAAGGACUUAAAGUCUUAAGCUGCCACUAUGGGCCACAUCAUUGAGGCACUGUACAGAAAGAGUUCUUUAUUUUCAAAUGUUUCUUUGACUUAUAGCUUUGAGCAUACUUGAUAGACCAAGACGGCAAUAAAGGCCGUUUGUAUUAUUGUCAUGUAGGCAAAAUGAACAAUGCUCAUUUACACCAUAACAUCAGUUUGCAAGUUCUCCAAGUUCUCCUUACCAUCCUGUACAUUUUUCCCAUGGUACUUACAAGGAUUAUUUGCUUUAGUAAGAGCUUCUUUACCAACCAUUGUUAUUGUUUCCUUUACUCUCAUGACCUUGAUGUCUGAUUCAGGUGUGAUGCUGUUGCAAGAAAUUAGAUCUAAGCUUUUCACUCUCAUGGGUUAAAGGGCUAAGAUUGUAGUUCAGGCCCUUGUUUUUUUUAAGGGUAGAUAGUGCUAUCCUGUAGGUGAAUGGCAAUCCAAUUUUGGUAAACUAGUUUUUAACCAUCAUGGAUAGAUCAAUGAAAAUGUAUUCCAUGAAUUGUGUUAUACAGCCUUCAAGUAACUGUCACAACAUGGUAGAAAUAAUAGAGAGCCUUGCCCUUUCAUUAACAUGUCUUUUCUUUUCUGAAUUUUUGUGUGUCAGGUGGACAUGGAAAAGGUCAACCUUGAUAUAAUAAAACCUUGGAUAACAAAGAAGUUGAUUGAUAUACUUGGAGCUGAAGAUGAUGUGGUUAUGCAGUAUGUCUUUAACAUGCUAGAAUCAGAAAAGGUGAAAUAAUGACUACUCAUUUUACAGUUACUUUCUCUUGAGCUUUGAGUUUCACUCAGGGGGCCUUACAGAGUGACAUUCUAAUAGACAUAGGUAAAGAACAACAUAGAAUACAAGUAGAGCACCCAGGAAGCAACCUCUUAACCAAGAUACCAAGUCUCCCUUGUCGAAUUAUUGUAGUUGAAACCUUCCAGAGGUGACUGCAUUUUACAGUCUUUUGACGGGGUAUGGGAAAAUUAAAUUGAAAUCUUGCAGGAAAAAUGUAAACUGUGCAGGAUUAUACAGCAUUUUUGAACAUGUAUUUGGUACAAUGAUAGAGCUUUUUCAUACUGGUAUUAAGCUAUUGUUUUACUUACUAAUCAGUUACCGUUUCUUCCCUUUCCAAUUAUAUAUUACAACUGCCUUUCUUUAUUUACAAAACUGUGAUUUCAGCUUUGAGAAAAACAUUGGGAUUUUAAAGUAUUACCUAUUUAUUUUUUAUGUAUUUGUUUUUUCAGAGUCCAGAUCCAAAGUUCAUGCAAAUAAAUAUUACUGGCUUUUUACAAUCCAAAAAUGCCCGUGAAUUUAUGAAGGAGUUAUGGACUCUUCUUUUAAGUGCACAAGAAAAUAUUGGUGGUAUUCCUUCUGAAUUCAUGGAAAGAAAGAAAGAGGAAAUCAAGCAAAGAAAGGUUUGAAUUCUCUGUUGGAAGAGGAAUUGUUAGGAUACUCAAUAAAGAAUGAUUCUUGGGGCAUUUGGAAUCCAAAUUGUAGAUUGAUAUUUUUACUCUUGGGCUGGGUUAUUUUUGUCUUAACUCUGCUCUCAUGACUAUUUUCAUUGAGAGCAAUAUUCAAUUGUGUGUCCCUAGUAGUUGGCAAAUAUAUUUGCUUUGCUUCAGAGCAUUACCCCUUUGUCAGAGUGCCCUGACAAAGGGCUAAUGCUCAAAAUGUCAACUUUACAAAUUCUUAACAGCUGAUUGCCAAUUUACAUUAUCAACUCAGUUGACAAAACCCAAAUUAUCUUGUAACACCCUCCACCAAUGCAGCAUCACAGUUUCUUUAGAAACUUACCUCCUUAGUCCAUAAAUCAUAUUCAAGCCUGAUAAAAACCUGAUUACUGUUUUGAGCUCUUUGAUUCAAUGUUCUUUUCCUAUGAAUUAGAGCACUCUCUCUCCGUAUAAAGACCGUCUGAAAUCAUUGAAACUAGCAACACUAGUUCAGCGCAGAGAGUUUCUUAAUUUGGUUCAGCUUUUUAAGUUUAUUAAAGGAUACUCUUCUGUAAACACUAAUGAUUAUAUAUCCUUCAGUAACAGGCAAUCAAGAAAAAGUCAUCAGUUUGAACUAUAUAAACCAUUUUGCCACACAGAUAUCUUUAAGUAUUCUUUUUGGCACAGAUAUAUUGACACAUGAAACAGUUUGCUGUCAUCAGUAGUUAAACUUGACUCAAUGAAUGCUUUUAAGAAAGCUCUAAAAUCAACAUUAUUUAACUACGCCUAUAAUUACAAAAUUAAAUUAUUCUAUAUAUUAUACAUUAUUUAAUUAUCAUUUUAAACAAAAUUUUUAUCUUAGAUAUGUCUUCUUUAUUUAGAUCUUAUAUUUAUAUAGAUAUAUGCUUGUAUGUAAAAUGUGUCAGUAUGUAUAUGUAUAUUGCAUCAUAUUAAAUUUUUAUAUCUGGGGUAUAGUUUACAAUGUGGAUUUAAGUUCCUUACUUCUAUAACUCUUUUUUAAUAAUAUGUUAUAUGUUAUUAUUUAAAUAAAGUUGUUAUGAAUAAAUGUUUAUUUGCAUUUUUGAUAAUUAUGGCUGUUGUCUUCUUCUCUUGAUAGCUGGAACAAGAGCGUAUCCAAGCUAACCUUCAGAGAUAUCAAGGAGAUCAGCAGCAAACAGAGCCAGACAGCACAGCAACAGAUGAUAACGUAGGCAAUGAAAAUGGAUCUGCACCUGCAUCUGCUGACAUUACAGAGGAAUUUCGGAAAGCUAAAGAACUGGCAGAGCAACUAGCAGGGAAAGAAGUGAGCAUUUCUUAAUUUCUUUUUACAAUUGAUUAACCAUAGUGAUAGAGAACUGUUAAAAAGAAUUGGAAGAAUCUUGUGGAGGCUCUCAUUGUUCAGAUGCAGUAGAUUGACAUGUCAGGUAAUCAUAUUACAUGUGUUCACAGGUUUCGCACAUUCUAUACCCUGUUCUUGAUGAACCAAGGUGGUUAGAAAAAUUGAGAUUGUAAGCAGGGCUUGAGAUUGCAACUGAUGCUGGCACCAGUGCGACUAACAUGUUCUGGUCUAGUCACUGUGUUACCAUUUGAGCCUCUUGAAAAUGUAGCUAUUAUCUUUCAAGUUCAUUUUUUAACUAUCUCCACCUUUAACUGUCCUUGUUUCUAUCUAUUUUUACAAUUGCCUUUCUUUUUUUUUUUCAUUUUCUUAGUUUAAUUAACUAGCAUUAUUGUCUCUGACAAGUUAAGGGUGGUAGGUCACAAAAGUAAUUCCAAAUAUUGUGACAGACCACAUCAUCUUUGAAUAGAAAAGGCUUUGUUAAAAAAUAGUAAUAAUAAUUAGAAUAAAAAGGAACAAAAUUGAUAAAAAUGGGUAUAACUUGUAUGCUAUAGAAAAUUAUGCAUUCACUCAUGGUAGGUAAAAUGGUUUUCUUUGUGAUUUUCAUCAAAUCCCAAGGUAAAGCUGUGAAAGUCAAAUUGAAGUCCAUUGUAUUUAUUUAACACUUUUUGUACACUGGUGUUUGUCAGAAAUGUCAGGAAAAUGCAUUUCUGAGUAGGUGCUUCAUGAAGUGAAUUUCUCUAAUUGUAAACAACAUCCUCCCUGAAAUGAACAACUGAUAAUAAUCAUAAAAUCAAGAAAGAUGUUUCAUAUUUGUCACCAUUAUGGGAAAAAUAAAAAUCUGUUUUCCACUGGUUGAUUCUAACCCCAGCCACUGCCAAUUUUGCACAUGAUUACUUCAACAAAGUUUGAAAGAACUUGUCUGUGAACUAGGCCAUAUGCAAUGCAUGCUUCAUGGAUCUGCAAUGUUGGAAGUGCCUGGUUGUGAGAUAGAGGAAGGCGAAGUUGCAAUCAGAACAUAUUGUAAGAGUUUGAAAUGGAAGCUGACAACGCAAGCUCAAUAUACAACAAUGAUACAGCACUACCACUCUCAGGACCAAGAGAGUUGUCUCCUGAACAGGGAUACUUCAAAAGAGAGGUUCUCAAUUAAAUUCAUGGAAAGAGGUCUUCUGGAGAGGUUUAACACUUCCUCUGAAUGAAAAGAAAUGUUUCUUAGAAUAGCAUUUCUCUCCAAGUGUAGUGUAUGUUACUCUUGCUGGACAUUGGUGGCUGGCUAAUGCCUCUUAAGGUAGAAACAUAAGUGAGCUGCUUCUGCAUCUACUUCAGUAAUAUUUGAUUUUUGCCCUGAUGUAAAGAGCUACAUAUGCACUAUUACCUUGGUGUGUAUGUGUUCUAUAGUUUGAGAUGUAACCCAGUCCAUUUAUAUGUAGUUCAAGGUGCAUUAAAGAAAGAUGUUUAUAUUCCUAACAAGCACUGGGAAAAAAAUUAGUAGUUCCUCAAGAUGUAAAAGAAUUUCAGCCAGUUUUUAUAUCAUUGUUAGAUGUUCUAAGUGAGCUACAGAGAUCAUGAUUGUAAGCUAGGCUAUACUCAGUAAUACGCCUAAUUCAGCAUUCGUUUGUGACAAACUUCUCCAUUGGGAUGAAUGAAAAAAGUACUUAUACCUGUCAGCAUUCACAUUCAGACUAGUUAUUAGGCUCCAAAUACUCCCAAUACAUUGUAGCUUAAAGUGACUUAUUCAAUAUAAAGACAACUUAGCAAUGUAUCAGGCAAUUUGUCUCAUGAACAUGUCCUGCAAGAUGAAAUUGUAACUGCCAUGUGCUGGCUUUGUGGUUGAAGUUGAGCAUGGCUUCUUUUAUUCACAGCAGACUAGAAAUACUCUAUUUAAGUAUCUUCAGGUAAGAAUAUUAUAAUAUAAGUUGUCAUGGAUAAGUUUUGGUUAUUUGAAUUUCUAUGUUGCUAUUUCAAUUUCUAUUUACUUUUUAUUUUACAAACUUUACUAAGGUAAGCUAACUUUGAAAUUGAGAUUUUUUUGUGUUAGAGUUAAAAAUUAUGUUAUUUAUUUCAACACAGAACAACCCAAAAAGAGAGUACAAGAAGUCCAGGCAAGACUCUGCUCAUUCUGACAGUGGUGAGAGUGAUGAUGAGAGGGCCUCCAGGAAAAAGAGUGGGUCAGAUGCAAGAGUAGAUACAUCUGACCUUACAUCAGUUGUGGAAGUGAAAAAGGAAAAAGAUGCAGAGGUGAAGUCACCCAGUAAACUCCUUCAACCAAAAUGGAGGUCUCGGCUCAUGUCCUCAGCUGCCCAGCCAGUUGACAGAGAUAAACCUGGAUGGGAUAAAGAGCAUCAGCAGAAUGUUGCCCUCGCAGCGACCCCUGACAUCAAUGUUGUCUUGACUGGGGACUCUAUCAUCAAAGGAUUGAGUCGUUAUCCAAAAAUCUGGAGAAAGUACUUUGCCCUGCUGAAAGCACUGAACUUUGGUAUUGGCGGUGACAAAACUCAGCAUGUUCUUUGGCGACUCCAGAAUGGGGAACUUGAGUGUGACCCUAAAAUAAUUGUUGUACUUUGUGGCACCAACAACAUAGACAAAAACAGUUCAAGUGAAAUUGCCCAAGGUAUAUUGGCCAUUGUUGACUUCAUUCGGAACAAAAAGCCCAAUGUGAACAUCAUUGUGUGUGGAAUCCUUCCCAGGGAUUUAUACCCCAGCUCAAGGCGCAACAAGGUUGAUGAUGUCAAUGAGGAACUGUUUCAGUAUAUAAGCUAUUCAGAGGAGCUGCAGAAUGAGAAUGUGUAUUUCUUACCACCAGAGAAGGGCUGGACUGUCAGAGGAGGUGAACUUGACAAAAAUCUCUACUUUAAAGAUCACUUACAUCUUGUUGAGGAAGGAGACGAGAAGCUUGCCAAAUCAAUCACUCGUUUGGUGAAAGAGCUUCUUAAAUCUGAUGAUACAGAAGGAGACAAUUCUGUUCCUAACAAAAAGCUCAUUAAGGUAUAUAUCUUCAUUUGUAUUGCCACUCCCCUUGGAUAUGGUCCUAAUCCAUUCCAUACAACUCAAGCAGUGCAUCAAGUUUUCCCCAACAGUUUUUUGACAUCCUUCACAGUCUCAAGUGAAGAGAGGCACUGUGAGGGCUUAGUUGCUUGUCUAAGAAAACAACACAGUCAUCUAGCCAUGCCACAGAGUCAAAAAUCUUUUGCAAUAGUCCCUCUGAUGUGAUAAUACUUGCAUUAACACUCUUUUUUCCAACCUUACAUAACACCUUUUCUUCCUCUCAUCAUUAUUGUUUAGAUUAUCAUGUACUAACAUGUUGUUAUCAUUAUAACUGAUUCUUCAAGGAAGACCCAUGCUUUCAAAGAGUGAUGUACAUGUUAAAGUACUGUUAUCCCAAUUAUACACUGUAAAAUUAAUUUACAUGUGCUAAAGGUCUACAAAUGCCAUGUCUCACUUCUCUUGUUACUUGUACUUGCAUCUAAAAGUGGACCCCUUUUUGCAGGAGAUUUUCAUAUCGUUGCAGAGAUGUCAAAUCAAGCAAUAAAUUGCAUGACUAAGUAUGGUUGUGAUUGUGAUUGUGAUUUAGUCAUGCAGCAACAAAUGAUUGUGAAAAUCAGCUUGCCUAAGAAAAUUUACCCCAUCACAAAACUGGUGGUGUGUUCACUCUCCAUGCUAAGUUACUUUUCCUUAGAUGUUCACCAUCAUUUCUGUGUCAAAGAUGAGUCUGAUUUGGGGUUGUUAAAACUAUAGAAUAUUUAUACAAACACCAGUAAGCUUGAACCUAAAGCCUGUUUAUAAAAGAAAAUAAGUUGUGUUUUUACUGUAAAUGUGAAGAAAUAUUUCUCUUCACCUCUGCAUUCCAUCUCUUUUGUUCUUUCCACCCACGUUUACCUUUGCACUGUAACAAAAGAAGAGUUUGGGGAGGGGUAGGUUGGGAAGGGAAGAGCAAGGUAAAAGGAUAGAUGAUGUCAGAAAAGUAUUUGGCUAAAUAUGUGCUUGUAUUGCUAGUUGUUUCUAAAUAUUUUUAUCUUUUUCCUUCAUCUUGUUUUUACUUAAAUGGGAAAAUAUGUACUGGUUGUGUAUCUAAUUCGGCAUUUUUUCAUGUACAUGUCAGAGAGGUUUUGAUUUUUUUAUUUGAGGUAGCAUUCUUUUUGUUUUGUCUCUCUAUUGUAUCAGUACGAUGCAUUUAGAUAUGAAAAAUGUUUUUUUUUUUUAACUUUUCAAUUGACAGUGUAAUGUAAUGGGCCAGUGCUCAUGGAAAAGCAGUUUAACAAGUAGUAACAAUCUAGAAAAGAAGUGGCAUCUGGCUGCUGUGUCCACUGAGCAAAUUACAACUGUUUCUGUUCUCUAUAUUAAGUAAUCUAUGGUCUUUCCCAUUAUGCAACAACCAUUAAAACCAUCAAAACUCUCCAAGAAAAGAAAAUAUAUCAGGCCCAAAGUGAAUUUUCUUUUCUCUCUCUGUUACUCUCCACAGCAAAAUGAAAUUGAAAGAGCUGAAAAGGCCAAGAAAGGUAGGUGCAAGUUGUGACAUUAUAACAGUGUUUCUUAAAGUACAUUCUAAACUUUUAGUAGCGUUAAAGUUCAGCAAUUUUAAGUACCAUUUCUAGUCGUAGAGCAAAUUGAAAUUUUUACUCUGAACAGUCGUAGAUAAAGAAAUUGCCUCUCUGCAGGUGAAGCAGGCCUAAUAAGGUUUUGUCUGCUUGAAUACUCCUCGUCACAGAAGAUGAAAGACCUCAAAACUCUUUUUUUUCAUCUUUGUUUCUGCCCCUUCAGACAAACCCCUUUGAGUAACAUGAGCGCAAAUACGCAAAUUCUUGGACGCCGGAGUCACUGACUUCCAAAUGAUGAUGAUGUAGUUAUUAUGAGAUUACUAAUAUUGAUUAUUAUGAUAAUAAGGAUUUCAGCAAAAAUUAAUAAAAAACUGUUUCUUCAUAACACAAAUGUCCCCAAAAGGAUAUGUUGGCUUGAUUUGUUUCCUUUACUAUUUCUUAAAACUUGUCAUUAUUUUGUUUGUUUUGCUUCUGCAGAGGCUGCUGAAAACAAAGAUAUGAAGUAAGUUGUAUAACUUACUAACAAGUUUUAAUAAUUAUGUUUUUCAUUAUUGGGCAAUUUAGUAUUAUCAGCUGAAGUAAUAACGUAAAUUGGCCACCUUAAAGAGGGCAAAGCCAACGUUUCGAGCGUUAACUCUUCGUCAGAGCGUCCUUACAGUGGCCAAUUUACGUUAUCAACUCAUUUGUUAAUACAAAAUUACCCUGUUAUACUCUCCCACCGACGCAUCAUAUUGCGCGGCAAAUUUAGAUCUCAAUGAAGAAGACAGAUAAACAGGAAAAGAAACUCAGGAAGGAUACUUUGUUAAGAUAUAACUCAAGUAAAUGUUAAAAGUGUCUGAAAAAAAGAAAAGGAAUGAGAAGCGAUGAUAGAUAAGGUGAACAAGGUUUACAGAUUUAGAAAUUCAAAUAUUCAGGGUUCAACCUUGAUGUCUAUCGUUUAUGAAAUUUUCAGAAGAGGAAACUCUAGUUCACGUUCGCGGUCACGUUCAGGAUCACGCUCUCGAUCACGUUCACGUUCUCGCUCAAGAGACAGAAGAGACAGAACACGGUCCAGAGACAAGAAAGGACGUAAGCGUAGUCGGUCCAGGUCCUCAGCUUCUCGGUCACGUUCCCGGUCGUACUCAAGAUCACGAUCACGCAGUCGGGAAAGGCGGAGAAGGUCUCGUUCUCGCUCGCCCCGUCGUGUUUCUUCGUACAACAGAGGUCGAUGGUCACCUCGCAGACGCCGUAGAACGCCUUCCCCAAGGAGGUGGUCGCCACCUAGAAGGGGAAGAUCACCACCACGUAGAAGGUAAAUGAUAGUUAAGUUCGAUUUUGAUCACAUUUAGAGCAGUUUCUUUACCGCUCUCUUUGAUUGGUUAAGAGAAUUCGUGCAAAUCUCUCGUCUAAUCGAAUGCGCAAACAAUAGUUACUGCAUCUCAAACACUUGAGGCCGUUGAGAUUUACCUUUUGACCCAAUUGGUUCCUUUGUAUUUAUCUUUGCCCGGUUUGGUUUUGGUAUUUUAUUCCAGUUUUCGUUGUAUCAAAGUCAUUCGACAGAUAAGCGCUUCGUACUGUGGAAUUAACUUUUAUUCCUCAAAGAUAACGAUUAUGUAUUAGAAAAGAACUCGAGCCUCUUGGAUGAUAUUAUUUCAGCUUCGGAUGGAACGCGAAUAAAGAGAGCUUGAAUAUGGUUCACGAGGUAGACUCUUGCACUGAGUCUACUCUAACAGCUGUCUUUUGUUGUCGCUGUUUUGUUUUGUUUUUUAAGAAGUCCCAUUGCACGCGGAAGGGUCUGAACUAACUUGAAUUCUGAAAUAUCCAAGGGGAUCAUUGUGUAACGAACUAAGCAUUAUUGUUUCUAGGUCCCGCUCUCGUUCGCCGCGCAGGAAGCCACGUCGAUCCCCAUCUCCUCGCCGCCGAUCACGCUCAGCGUCAGCGUCAUCACGGUCACGUUCUGCAAGUUUCAGCUCACGAUCGUCACGCUCACGCUCAAAAUCACCUCGAGCCGACACGACACGAACAGAGAAAAUGGAAAAGGGUAAAGAAAAGGAAAAGGAGGUUGAGAAGGAAAAAGAAGAACAGCAAGAAGACGAUAAAGUUAAAUCAAAGGAAAAGUCGGCCAGUCCGGAAAAAGCGAAAUCAAAGGGUACUCCCAGCCCUCCACCGACGCAUCAUCGAUCAUCCUACAAAAAGCAGGAACAGCCUCAUUCACCGGUCAAACAGCCUUCCCCGUCCUCGUCAUCCUCUGCCUCGCCACCACCCCCUCAGAUCAAACAAGAGAAAGAAGUCACGGAAGAGAAAGAGAAGUCGCCGCCUUUACCAAAAUCCAAGAAAACGACAAGCCGCCGCUACCGCAAACACUCGCCGUCACCAUCCUCGUCUGAAGGGGAGUGGUCACCAGAGAGGAAGAAGAAAGCUGACUCCUCUAAAGAUCGGAGAAAGGAACGAGAACGAAGUGAGUCACCAAGGGAUCGGCGAAGAAAGCCCCGAGAUGAGUCACUUUCCUCCAGACGAAGAAGGAGAGACGAUUCACGCUCGCCCUCCCCACCCAGACGAAAAAGAAGAGAGUUUUCCCGUUCGCCUUCUCCCCGAAGACGGCGCCAAGAGAGACGUUCUUCUUCUCCUCGAAGGAGGAGAAAAGCAGAACAUUCGCAAUCACCAUCUCCCAGGGAAAGGCGACGACGACCUGAGCCAUCGCCGCCACGAAGUAGAGAGCGUAGAAAGGAAAGAAUACCGUCCCCGCCACUGCGAAGACGCCGUCGGUCAAGUUCGUCACCUCCUGUAACUCGUCGGUCAGAAUCGCCACAACCAUCGGGUCGUCGUCGUGCCGACGAAAAAGAUCAAAAAGAGCGUCGCCGCUCUCCAGAACCAGAGAAAGUAGCUGGUCGGAGACGAAAGCGCUCGGAGAGGUCUCGGUCUUCUUCAGGCUCGCCAGUGUCACCACAGAAGCCACAGGCCGAACCUGAUUCAGCGAAGAAGUUAAAAGCUCGUCAAGAUAAACGAUCAUCUUCUUCGUCUGCUUCCCCUGAGCCGUCAUCGGCUAAGAAAAAGACGCGUGAGACUCGAGAGUCUCCCGUCAAGUCUCCUCCAAGGGACGCAAUUCGAGGAAAAGGAGAGGGAAGAAAACGAUCAAGGUCGAACUCGCCUCGCGAGGAUGCUCGGGAUCGGAAACGUUCGGCUUCUCCUCGAGAAGAUUCUCGUGAUAGGAAACGAGGGGAAAGAAAGUCGCCGUCCAUGUCACCCAAGAGGUAAGAUGUUUAGGCUGUUAUUUUGAGCGCGGUAAUAAAUGGUUGACAAAACUCCUACCGAUAUGAAAUCUUCUCUUUUCUUACUUCAUUGUUUAUGGUUCAGAAAGUAUAUUGUGUGUGCAUUGCAUUUUGGUUAAUUACUUAUUUCUUAAUUAACAGUGAUUUUUUUUUGUAUUGAAACUUAGUGGAAAAUGAAAAAACUGGUUUCCUUAGGAUAGUCAACAUUUAAUUUGUUUUAAGGCCCAAAAGUCGGAGAUCAGCACAAGGUGCCUCUGCUUCGCCUGGCCCCAAAACCAAAUCUCGUACAAAGCGUUCUGCUUCAGCCUCGCCCCAGCCCUCACCCGCGAAGGCUUCAAAGUCACGCGCCUCAAGGAGAUCGCCGUCAUCUUCUCCUGAACGGGAAGUCAAACCUAGAUCUCGCGCUGCCAAGCAAUCCUCGCCUGCCUCACCAGAAACUCGUCAGCAAUCGCACGCGACCAAGAGGAAUCCUUCGGCAUCCCCAUCACGUGAACGGGUCAAACGGAAAGCGGCAGCCAAGAGGACCUCUAGCGAGGAAAAAUCCCCCGAGCCCUCAGCAAGAAAGGCCCGAAAAAGCCCCUCAGUGCCGGAAGAAGAGCCGCCGAGAAAGUCUCCUAGCAAGUCCCCUCCUGCUCCUGCUAAGGUAUUAUAAAUACUCUCAUAGUAUUGGAGUCAUUUAUGUAGCGAUCUUAACCUUUAAACUACCAAGAUCUUAGUAGUAAUUCUCUUUACUGUCUUCAAGAUGAUUCUCAUAAUGUUAGUUUGGUGAAUUUUGUAUCGGAUAAUACAUGGAUAUUAUUGGAGAAGUUUCAUGUUAAUCACUUCUGGGAGUUAAAGGGUUAAUCUUGGUUUGUGUAACCUUUAACAGGAAAGCUCUGCUGAGGAACAAGAGAAACCAGAGGAAAAGGAAGCAAAAGGUGAAAAGAAAAAGAAACAUAAGAAACACAAGAAACAUGGGAGUUCGAAACACAAACAUAAGCGUUCAAAACACAAGAAACACAAAGACAAGGACAAGUCACCUGGGGUUAGUAGUAACUUACGCGUUAACGCUGCGCUUAAAGAGAAAUUUUCAAUUGAGUAUCGAAAGUAGACCGGAAUAUUGCAUCGGGUUUGGUUUUUUUCGCUCUGUGAUUGGUCUAAAAAAACUCGUGCCACUCUCUCAACCAAACAGAUGCAAAACUUAAACCAAUCACGAAUUGGACACCCGUGUUGUCCCGCGCUUUUGACAGCUUGCUUGAUUGACUUUGAAUUCUCAUUAUUUCCCAAGGGUAUUUCCCUUUCAUCUCAUCGGUUGUUGUGAUAACUUUGGGUUUGGCUUUAUGACACUUCAUCGAAAACCGCUCCAUUUUGUAAAUGAGAAUCGUAUUCACCGACGUCCUAAUUAGCGCGCGGGUGUUGCUUGCGCCCACAUGUCCACGUAAUUUUCACUCUUUUGUACAUGAUGACCGUCAGAAUUGAUAAAAGGGGCAUUUCUCGAGUCUAGUUUGUCUGAAGGUUUUCCCUGACAGAGCUCUUUUUUUUCUGGGAUAGUCGUUUAUAAGGUUCUAAGGUUGUAAACAGAUUAACCUAAGAUACGUUCUACACAAUGAGGGAAUGGCCUUCAACUGUUUGAUGACUGUUUAAUCGUUCUCCAGUAAUCGUAUGCUACAUUUGUUUUUCCGUUUUCACAGCACUCGGAGAGCAUGGACGAAGAUGACACAGAAACCUUGGAGAGGAAGCUAAGAGAGAAGGCUCUUCAAUCGAUGCAGAGACACGCCAAAUCACCGGAAGGACAGGAGGAGAACGACGACGAUUGA